UAGUGACUCAGUGAGGGCAGGGCUGGAGUUUGACAGGAGAAGCCGGGUAAACGAGGAAAGAAAGGAAAUCAUAUCUCUUUUUUUUAAAAAAUAAUACCAUUUAAUUCUGAAGUGGUUUUUUUGCUGCAUGGUUUGGGAGAGAUGGCGUUUUGGAGCGGGCAGGUGUGGUUACCUGUGCGAAGUCAGUGAGGAGGAGGAGGAGGAGGAGGAAGAAAGCGAGAACUUCGGGUAUCUUCCGGCCGGGCGGGGGGGAGCGGAAGACAGCCUCGAUCCCCCUGUGUGCCCUGUCACUGGCCAGGACAGGCUGAUCCAGUCUAGUUCAAAGCUGCCCGGGUGUGUGUCUGUCUGUCUGAGUGCAGCUCACUCAUUCCUGUACUGCCUGGUUUCACUCCCCCGCGCCUCACUGACAAAACCUUUUAGUUAACAUCUACCCGGCUGCAACUGGGGACAGAAAUUCCAGCCACCUUCCCAGAAGGUGUUUUCGUUUCGUCCCAAUGGAAUAAUUCUGGAACUCACGUCCGAUUUAGGUGAAGGGUGUUUCUUUUUUUAAAAAAAAUACAUUUUAUUGUUUUAAAAGUGUUUAAUGGCUGUGGAAAGGGAUGAGCAUCAGCAGCAGCAAGCCCCCGGGGGUAAACUGCCAGCCCCCCGGUACCGGGAUGUGGAUGGGACGGUGUUGCCUCUCCUGGGGGGUCUGGCUAGAUACCAGAGGAAGAUCCUGCUGCUGACCUGGAUCCCCGCGGUCCUGAUCGGCCUGAGCCGCAGCUCCGACUGCUUCUUCACCGCCGAGCCCCAGAUCGUGUGCUGGACUAACCGCAGCAGCCGCCCGCUCGCAGCCGCCGAUCUCCACGUCGCUCACGCCCAGGUAGCGGCGAACCAGAGCGGCGGGGCCCCGCGGGCGGCGGCCCCGGGAGGCAGCGGGGGACGGGCGGCGGGCGCGAACAGCACGGAUCCCCCCUCCUCAGCCUCCAGCAGCGGCAGCGGGAACGGCCUUCCCGGGGAAUGCCAGUGCAAACCGUGGGAAUACAGGAUACACGCCGCCCUGACUCAGAACAUAGUCACCAAGUGGAACCUGGUUUGCAAUUCUUCAUGGAAAGUCCAUAUUGCCAAGUUUUCGUUACUGGUUGGAUUGAUUAUUGGUUAUUUGGUGACUGGAAGCUUAGCAGAUUGGAUUGGCCGCCAGCUGGUGCUGGUGCUCUCGGUCAUAUUCGUAUUGGUCUUUGGGUUAACAGUAGCUCUUUCUGUGAACGUGACUAUGUUCAGCACACUAAGGUUUUUCGAGGGAUUCUGCCUGGCAGGGAUAUUUCUCACUCUCUAUGUAACACGUAUUGAGAUUUCCCUGCCUCGACACAGAUUCAUGAUGACCAUGGGUGCAAAUUUCAUUGCGAUGGGAGGUCAGCUGCUCAUGCCAGGCCUCGCUGCCCUUUGUCGGGAUUGGCAGAUUUUGCAAGUUGUUAUCAUUUGUCCAUUUAUUUUUAUGAUCCCUUACUGGUGCAUUUUCCCAGAAUCACUCCGAUGGUUGUUGGCCACACACCAGCUACAAGCUGCCAAAGAGUUAUUUGUGGAGUUUGCCUGCAAUAAUAAAAUAGACAUGGAAGAUGAUGUCAAAGAAUUUCUUCCAGAAUUUGACAAGGAGCCAAAGUUAAGGCCUAAAAAGACAUUCAUCAUCAAGUUACUUCAUACGAGGAUCUUGUGGAAACACAUUUUGGUACUUUGCGUGAAUUCGCUUACAGGAUUCGGGAUCCAUAACUGUUUUGCAAAGAGUCUGAUGGAAUGUGAUGUGAACGGUUUAAAAAAUUUCUACACCCACUACUAUAUCAUGGAAGUGAUUGGCAUUCUUUCCUGUGCUGUCAUGUGUGUCCUCGUGGGACUAAUGGGCCGCAGAGGCACGUUGCUUCUCUUCACCAUUCUCACUGCACUGGCUUCCCUCCUUCAGUUGGGCCUCAUAAGCUAUUUGGCCCAACAUUUGCACCUCCCGUUUUCUAUCGUGUUCUCCAUUGUAGGCAUGUUCGCAUCUCAUUCAGUAGGAAACUUGAGCAUCUUUUUCUGCGCUGAACUCACACCCACUGUCAUCAGGGGUGGAGGACUGGGUUUGGUUUUGGCUAGCGCCGGGUUUGGCCAGUUGACAGCACCAAUUAUGGAGCUUCAUAACCAGAAAGGCUACUUCCUGCACCAUGUGAUCUUCACUUGCUGCACAGUGAUCUGCAUCAUUUGCAUAUUGCUCCUUCCAGAAAGCAAAGGACAGAACCUGCCUGAAACCAUAGAUGAUGGUGACAACUACACCAGGCAACCGUUCAUCCCUGCCAAAAGGAUAGAGCAGCCCCUACUCUCGAACAACACUGAGCUCAAAGACUACUCGGGGCUCAACGAAAACCCAAACUCGGAGCUGACUGCUGACAGUCCCACAGCCAAUGGCACUAGGUCCAAAUGAUUUUAUUUAAUGUUUACAGUUGUGUUGUUUUUGCACAAAUUUCAUCCAGCAGCAGGUUUUCUUUCAUGAAAGGAUAAUCAAUUAACGGGGCUGCUCUCUGCCAGGUAUGUUUUAAUUAUGGAUGGGGCACCUUUUUAUUUUUGAAAAGAUUUGCAAAAUCGAGUUUGCUCUCCCCAACACCAGAGGGCUGGCAUUUUGACGAUUGUCCAAUAAUGUGAAGGGAACUUGAUCAUUUUCGAUUGCCUGGAGCAUGCUGUAAGGCCUAUAGUGGAAGGAGUUGCACUACAGUUGGGAAGGGAAAAUAAAACAUCAGGAAGGACUGUGCUCGGCGAGCUGCUGUCCCAAUGAAGGAAGUUUGAAGGUUAACAUUGAAAAUACUGAGCGAUGGAUCAAGAUGAACUACAGAUGAGCUUGACUCACUGCUUGGGGUGUCCCUGCAAUCCCCCCCCUCAGCCUCUUCGUUAUCUGAUCUCCUCCCACUCUAACCCCUCAGUACUCCCCAGCUAUUGACACACUAAAUAACCUGUGGCUGUUUUUAUUUAAGACUUGGAUUCAUCGUUACUUCCCAUUUUGACAAACUAAUCUAUGACCUUUUUCCCUCUGAAAGAUCAAAGCAAGUAUUGUACAAAAUCUCUUGUCAACAGUUUGUCUUUCUGCCAGCUCUGUUCAUCAAAAUAAAGAACUGAGGGACUGUGCUCAUAUUUUUAAUGUCAGCAUUACCACUCUCUCUCCCACUUUUUUAUCAGGUCUUUAGUUGUAAAUUAGUGUUUUGUUUUGUACCUUGUAGGCUGUGUUCUGCUGAUAAUCAUUUUAAAAAAAAAACUUGUGUACAGGAAUAAUUUAAAUGUAAAAGUUAAAAGCAUGAAUUGAAUUUUUAAAUGGGUUCUCCAUUAACACUGUGUACUUUGGUGGUUUAAAGGAUCAUUGGUAACAUCAUCACUGUCAAUAUGAUUUUUUUUU